GUCAUGGCCACCACAGCUUCGGCUCACUACAUCCCCAGGAAUAACUCGCUCCACUCCAACUCGCUGGUGCACCCGGACUCGGACAGGAUGCAUCCAGGGACAACCUACCGGGAGGUGCAGAAGAUGGUGCAGAGUGACUACCUGCACGGCCUGAGCGGCAGCGGGCACCCCAUCUCCCACAGCCACCAGUGGCUGUCCUCGGUGACGGACGGCGCGCCCUGGGUCACCGCCUCCCACCUGGGGCAGCAGGAUCCCGGCAAGGCCAGCGUGCAGGCGCCGCCGAGGGACGACCUGGGCAGCGGGCUGCACCACCGAGCGCACCACAUGGUGCACCAGCAGAGCCACGGCAGCCACCCCGGCGCGGCGUGGGGGCCGGCGGCUCCUCCGCCGCCACCGCCGCCGCCGCCGCCUCCCAUCCCCGGGAUGCCUCCUUCGUCCAACGGACACCAGCCGCUCAUCUACUCGCAGCCCGGCUUCAGCAGCCUCAACGGCAUGCUGAGCCCGGCCACGCCGAGCCUCCACCACGGCCUGACGGACGCUCUCCACGAGGACCCGGGCGGUCACGACGGCCACCCGGAGCACCCCGCGCCGCACCACCCGGAGCACUCGGACGAGGACGCCCCCACCUCGGAUGACUUGGAGCACUUUGCAAAGCAGUUCAAACAAAGGCGGAUCAAGCUGGGCUUCACCCAGGCGGACGUGGGCUUAGCCCUGGGCACUCUGUACGGCAACGUCUUCUCUCAGACCACCAUCUGCAGGUUCGAAGCCCUGCAGCUCAGCUUCAAGAACAUGUGCAAACUGAAGCCGCUGCUGAACAAGUGGCUGGAGGAGACCGACUCGACCUCAGGGAGCCCCACCAGCAUAGACAAGAUCGCCGCGCAGGGACGGAAGAGGAAGAAGCGGACGUCUAUAGAGAUUGGGGUGAAAGGGGCGUUGGAGAACCACUUCUUAAAGUGUCCCAAGCCCUCCGCCCAUGAGAUCAGCAGCUUGGCUGACAGCCUGCAGUUGGAAAAAGAGGUGGUCAGAGUUUGGUUUUGUAACAGAAGACAGAAGGAAAAGCGAAUGACCCCGGCCGGAAUCCCCGGCCACCCAGGUAUGGAGGAUGUAUAUUCACAAAGGGACACUCCGCCGCUUCAUCACACACUCCAGACCCCUGUCCAAUGACUGCUCCACACACUCCACACCCCCCACUAAGAAAACAAAAGACUAAGAAAAAGACACAAACUGGAUUUUACAAAGCAAAAAAAAACUGACUGAAAAAGGGAUCUAGCCAGUGCCGCAGUAAUUGUUUUCAGUGAGCACUGGACUGUACUCAUACUUAGGAGAGACAGAAACAAAAACACAUUUCAUGCAUUUGAUGUGGUAAAUCGAGUGGUUAUUUUCCCCUACUGUAGAACAAAGAUUUGUUUUCGUAGCUUAAAGACACGCAUAAGUUGUAAGAGAAAAGAAAAUACCUGUUCGUGGCUGAAUUAUUUCAGAGGCAUUCUGAAAAGCAGCGUCUUUUCCAAACUGGGUGAUAAUGAGUUCAAAUAGGUAAAGACAAUGACUGCAGGUGCUGGAAACCAGAUUUUGGAUUAGUGGUGCUGGAAGAGCACAGCAGUUCAGGCAGCAUCUGCGGAGCAGCGAAAGAGAAUGAGCUCAGUUUAAACAGAAAGUGAGACGGUCAUCAAAGUCAGCCGCCGCUGUGUUAAAUAAGGGAGUCUGCUGGUGGGGGGAAGCGAAGCUUAUGAUGUGGUCAAAGAUUUCAUAGCAUCCUUACAAUGUGGGGACAGGCCCUUCGGCCCAACAAGUCCACACCGACUCUCCGAAGAGUAGCCCACCCAAAUCCCUACAUUUACCUCUGAAUACAUCCCUGGGGCAAUUUAAUUUAGUAUGGCCAAUUCACGUAACCUGCAAGAUUGCGAGAGGGGAAUGUACACAGUCACCCGAGACUGGAAUUGAACGCGGAUCCCUGGCGCUGUGAGGUAGCAGUGCUAACCACUGAGCCACCCUUCCGCCCCUUAUUUAUUGUUUAACCUCAGAGGUACCUUGUGAGUUAUUGGCGCUGGUGAGCCUCUUUGCGAUUUUAAAUAAAAUUCCAAAUCGAUUCACUGGGGAAAUGGUCCUGCAUUCCAGAUAAGUUGUAUUGUUUUACAGCUAUCACUUAGUGCUCAGACAAUAAACUCUGAUUUGAACCGUUCUUGGGAAAUCCUGCCUUGAACUCAGUUCAAUCUGUAAGUUGAGGGAAGUCGGUCCGAUUGAAGUUUGAAAUCUAUGUACACGGGGUUCUUUGUCAUUAUCCCAUAGACAAGUUGAGAUGGGUUUGAGAGAUCAAAGGAGCGAACAGCAGUCGACAAAACAAAAAUGUAUCUUUAAAUGUUCGGACCCAGCGGAAACAUGCGAGGAAAAAAAAAUCUGAAUGGUUCAAAACUGACUUUGCGAUUAGUUUCCCCGAUUGGAUAGCAAAACGACUUAACAACAGUAAUAUUUGGGCUUGUUGUUCUUGCUGUGAAAAAUGUACUUAAACCGAAGUGAUAUGACGCAUCCAUCUCGUCCCCCAAGUUUUUUUUAAACGCAACAAUAUUUUAACUGAUUUUUUUCUGUGUUUUAGAAUAACAAACAGAUUUGAGGGGCACAGUUAGUGUUAUCUGCAGGCUCUCAACUCUCAUGGGACAUGAAUUAAACCCCCUCCCCCUAAAUCUCAGGAAUUAAAGAACAGGUUACCACAAAAUACCUUCACUCCUGGUCGCGUGUCUAUUUUCUGGCCAGAUACAGGAGCGAAAGAUGACUUGAAGUCGUUACCAUUGCAAGUAGCAAUACACUAAUUUGCCAUUUGAUGCAUGGGACAAAAAUGCUGGGGUUACCCUUCCAAACAAUUCUGUUCUUUUGUUUUAGUCCGAUAUAUCCAGAAUAGUUGAAGAUUACUUUUUCAUCCACAUCUAAGACAUUGUAUAUUUCCUAUUAAAAAUUGAAACACACAGACAAAAAUUGCCAAAAUAAAGUGUACAUUAUAUGUGUUAGAAUGUUUACAAUUCAUCAAAAGGAAGUUUGAAAAAAAAGUCAGAUUUGGUGAAUUAAACAGUACUUAGGACAUAAAGCAGUGGGAAAAAAAGUGACGUUUAGUAAAUUGGGAAAAAAUAAUAAUUGUCUGCUUUUUUUAC